UUCCGAAUAUAGUCGAUUCACAGUCUCGGCAAGACGAAAAUAAACGAACCUGAAAGCAAAGAGGGAGGGGUCGGAUACGCGGCAGAAAGCAAGAGCCGAUUGGUGCCGAUGUGACGACGGAAACGACCGAGCAGUUCCGUAGGAACCCGGGGAAUACUGAGAGGUAAUGGAGGGGCAGACUGUAGCAGUGGGCGGGGUCAGCUCGGUGCGUUCGAUGGGCGUUGGCGGAAAUUACCGAAGAUGCCCGAAGCCGUCGGGACGGACCCGAGUACCUCACGCAAGAUGGCGGAGCUGGAGGAGGUGACUCUGGACGGGAAGCCUCUUCAGGCUCUGCGAGUGACCGACCUGAAGGCCGCACUAGAGCAGCGAGGCCUAGCCAAGAGCGGGCAGAAGAGUGCCCUGGUCAAGCGGCUUAAAGGGGCUCUAAUGCUAGAAAAUUUGCAGAAACACUCAACACCCCAUGCUGCAUUCCAGCCAAAUUCACAGAUUGGGGAGGAAAUGAGCCAGAACAGUUUCAUAAAGCAGUAUCUGGAAAAGCAGCAGGAGCUACUUAGGCAGCGUCUAGAACGUGAAGCUCGAGAGGCAGCAGAACUUGAAGAAGCCUCAGCUGAGUCGGAGGACGAGAUGAUCCAUCCAGAGGGAGUGGCUUCCCUGCUGCCUCCUGACUUUCAGAGCAGCCUGGAGAGACCAGAGCUGGAGCUCAGCAGACAUUCGCCUAGAAAGAGUACCUCUUUUUCUGAAGAGAAAGGUGAAUCUGAUGAUGAGAAACCAAGGAAAGGAGAAAGACGAUCAUCCCGGGUCAGACAGGCAAAAGCAUCCAAACUCUCUGAGGGCAGCCAGGCUGCUGAGGAAGAAGAAGAUCAAGAAACGCCAUCUAGAAAUCUGAGAAUCAGAGGAGAUCGAAAUUUAAAAACAGAGGAGGAAGAGGAGGAGGAGGAAGAGGAUGAUGAAGAGGAGGACGAUGUAGAUGAGGGACAGAAAUCUAGAGAGGCACCAGUCCUGAAACAGUUUGAGGAUGAAGAGGGGGAAGAGGUCCCCAGAGCAAAACCAGAAGAGGUACUGGAUGAGAGACCCCAAACCGUAAGACCCCAGGAACAGGAAGGAUUAGAGAAAGGAGGGCGAGUCACAAGAUCCCAGGAAGAAUCUAGAAGAAGUCAUCUGGCCAAACAGCAGCAAGAGACAGAGAUAGUUUCUUUCCUUCAGGAAGAAAACGAAAUAAAAUCCUCACAGGGCUUAGAGGAAAAGUCACAGUCCCCUUCCCCACCUCAGCUGACUGAAGAUUUGGAGAAGGCCUCUACUGUGCUACAGCCAGGGCAAACAGUCAGUGAGGUGGAAACUCCCCCACCCUUACUUACCAAGGAAGCAUCAUCUCCACCACCUCAUAUACAACGCCAGGAUGAGGAAGAAGUCGAGCCUGUGGAAGGCCCUGCGCCGCCUGUCCUCAUUCAGUUAUCUCCUCCUAAUGCAGAUGCUGAAACCAGGGAGCUCUUAGUGUCUCAGCAUAGUAUCCAGUUGGUGAAAGGCCUGUCCCCUUUGUCAAGUCCUACAGACACCAAAGCAGAAUCUUCAACAGGGAGAGUGUCAGAGGAGAGUGUCCUGCCUCUGGUUCAGAAAAAAAUGCUGACUGAAGACUCUACCCAGAAGGGCCCUGAAACUGAGUCAGAAACAUCUGCUCACCCACUCCCUCUAAAAAUAGAGGAAUUAGCACCCACCAAAGGGAUCACUGAGGAACCUAUGAAGCAUCAGUCUUUGGAACAGAAAGAAGGCCAAAGGGCUUCUCAUAUGCUUUUCCCAAGCCGCAGAUUGAAGCGGUCAGCAAACUCAUCCUCUAGCCGGUCCUCAUCCUCCUCUAGUUCUAGAUCCCGAUCUCGCUCUCCUGACAGUUCAGCCUCCCAGUGUCACUCAUCUCCAAGAUCCAAGCAGAGAGAUGUAUCCCAAGCACGAGUUCAUGCCAACCCUCAUGAUAGACCCAAGACGGGCUCCAGGUCAACAUCAGAGUCCAGGUCUCGUUCCCGAUCCCGUUCCCGUUCGGCAUCAAGCAGCAGCAGGAAAUCUUUGAGUCCUGGAGUCUCCAGGGAUAGCAACACCAGCUAUGCUGAAACCAAAGAUCCCUCUUCUACUCAGGAGGUUGCAGUUCCACCGGUGGCACAGCUGCAGGUCCUUGAACCAAAGGCAGGGACCUCUACCUCCUCAUCCUCUCUCCCCGUGAGGCAUCUGAGCCAGCCUGAGCCAACCGAAAAGCAUGUGCUCCUGAGGUUACAGCCAGAGCAGGAGAGCCCAAAGAAGUGUGAAGCUGAAGAGGCAGAGCCCCCAGCUGCCACACAGCCACAAACCUCAGAAACAUCGACCUCUCAGCUACCAGAAUCAGAAAAGAUUCAUCACAUUGUUGAGGAGGAGGAAGUGACCAUGGACACAAGUGAAAACAGACCUGAAAAUGAGGUUCCAGAGCCUCCGGUACCUGUUGCAGACCAAGUCAGCAAUGAUGACCGCCCAGAGGGCAGUACUGAAGAUGAGGAGAAGAAAGAGAACGCGAUGCCCAAAUCAUUCAAGAGGAAAAUCUCCGUUGUCUCAGCUACCAAGGGGGUACAAGCUGGAAACAGUGACACAGAGGGGGGCCAGCCUGGUCGAAAGCGACGUUGGGGAGCCAGCACAGCCACCACCCAGAAGAAGCCUUCCAUCAGCAUCACCACUGAAUCACUCAAGAGCCUCAUCCCCGACAUCAAACCCCUGGCGGGGCAGGAGGCUGUUGUGGAUCUUCAUGCUGAUGACUCCCGAAUCUCUGAGGAUGAGACAGAACGUAAUGGCGACGAUGGGACCCAUGACAAAGGACUGAAAAUAUGCCGGACAGUCACUCAGGUAGUGCCUGCAGAGGGCCAGGAAAAUGGGCAGAGGGAAGAAGAGGAAGAAGAGAAGGAGCCUGAAGCAGAGCCCCCCGCGCUUCCCCAGGUGUCAGUAGAGGUGGCCUUGCCCCCACCUGUGGAACACGAAGUAAAGAAAGUAACUUUAGGAGACACUUUAACUCGGAGGUCCAUUAGCCAGCAGAAGUCUGGAGUUUCCAUUACAAUUGACGACCCAGUCCGAACUGCCCAGGUGCCCUCCCCACCUCGGGGCAAGAUCAGUAACAUUGUCCAUAUCUCCAAUUUGGUUCGUCCCUUCACGUUAGGCCAACUGAAGGAGUUGUUGGGGCGCACCGGAACCUUGGUGGAAGAGGCCUUCUGGAUUGACAAGAUCAAGUCUCAUUGCUUUGUAACGUAUUCAACAGUAGAGGAAGCCGUAGCCACCAGAACAGCUCUGCAUGGGGUCAAGUGGCCCCAAUCCAAUCCCAAAUUCCUUUGUGCUGACUAUGCUGAGCGAGAUGAGCUGGACUAUCAUCGGGGCCUCUUGGUGGACCGUCCUUCUGAAACAAAGACAGAGGAACAGGGGGUACCAAGGCCCCUGCAUCCCCCACCCCCACCCCCAGUUCAGCCACCAUCCCACCCCCGAGCAGAGCAACGGGAGCAGGAGCGAGCUGUGCGAGAGCAGUGGGCAGAGCGAGAACGGGAAAUGGAGCGGCGAGAGCGAACCCGAUCAGAACGUGAAUGGGACCGGGACAAAGUUCGAGAAGGCCCCCGCUCCCGAUCACGGUCCCGUGACCGCCGUCGCAAAGAACGAGCAAAAUCUAAAGAAAAGAAGAGUGAGAAGAAAGAAAAAGCUCAGGAGGAGCCACCUGCCAAGUUGCUGGACGACCUUUUCCGUAAGACUAAGGCAGCUCCCUGUAUCUAUUGGCUUCCACUGACAGACAUCCAGAUUGUUCAGAAGGAGGCAGAGCGGGCUGAAAGGGCCAAGGAGCGGGAGAAGCGGCGAAAGGAACAAGAGGAAGAAGAACAGAAGGAGCGGGAGAAGGAAGCUGAGCGGGAACGGAACCGACAGCUGGAGCGGGAGAAACGUCGGGAGCACAGCAGGGAGAGGGACAGGGACAGGGAGAGAGAGAGGGACAGGGAGCGGGACAGAGGGGACCGAGAUCGGGAGAGGGAAAGGGACCGGGACCGAGGCCGGGAGAGGGAUCGCAGAGACACCAAGCGCCACAGCAGAAGCCGGAGUAGGAGCACACCUGUGCGGGACCGGGGUGGGCGCCGCUAGCCAGGAAAACACUAGGAGAGCUGUGGGUACCUGCCACUCUGCCCUGGGGGGUUAAAGGCCACAGAGGGAUAAUCACCACCACCCUGGAACCAAGGGUCUCUCACACCAUUGCUCAGUGCUGAACUAUGACUGCCACCUGUCCCCACAUAACAAAUGGAGCAGUGGCAUUCUCCCUCCUCACCCCCCAACCUAACUAAUGGGACUUAACCCUCUUUUUUCCCAGUAAGUUUGAGAACUGUGUUAUGGAAGAAAGGGUUUGGCCAGAAGUGGGGAACAGCCAAGUGCCCCAGACCUCUUCAUUUUGUCCUCCAUCCUGCUUUCCACCUCCCUUGGGUACUCACAGCCUCUUGGGAACAGCCGGGGCCAGGACUGGGUUACCUAUGAGCUGAAUCAGCGUCUCCUCCUGAGUCCCAGGGCCCCUGCAGUUCCCUCUCCUGUCCUGCCACCUUUGCCUGUUGCCCUCUGGUUCUGCUUUAUACCCACCUUUUCCUUUUGUUCAAUUUUUAUUUUUUUUAUUUUUAUUUUUAAAUGAUGUGGUCUAUGGAAAAAAAAUUAAAAUCUGACUUAGUUUUAA